AUGCGGCCCGUAGACCUGUUUUACGGUUGCAUAAUGAAGCACAGAGCAGUUCUGCGGUCGCAUAGUCGACCGCAGAAUGGCAUCCGAAAUCGGCCCGCACUUGCCUCACUUUACGGCCAUUAUGCGCUAGAUGUGAAUAAUGCCUUCCUUCAUGGGGACCUCCAUGAAGAUGUAUAUAUGGAAGUGCCACAAGGCUUAGUAGUAGAUAGUGGAAAUCUGAAUACAUAUGAGUCAACAGUAUAUGUGGCAGUAUAUGUAGAUGAUGUGAUCCUAACAGGAACAAACAAAAAGGAGAUAGAGGAGUUGAAGGCAUUCCUACAUGAUAGCUUCAAGAUCAAAGACUUGGGUAAACUGCAUUAUUUUCUUGGGUUGGAGAUACUCUAUAAGGCAGAUGGAGUUAUAAUCUCACAAAGAAAGUUUGUGCUUGUUCUGAUAAAGGAGUACAACUGUAUGGAUUAUAGUAGCCUUCCCUCACCACUUGAUCCAACAGUGAAGUUGAAAGCUAAAGAGGAUACUACAUUAACUGAUCCUACCCAUUACAGGAAACUAAUUGGAAAGUUGAACUUUCUCACCAACACAAGGAUGGACAUAGCCUAUAGUAUACAACAUCUUAGCCAAUUCAUCGAAGAUACAAGAGAACCCCACUUGAAAUCAACCUUUCACUUGCUCAGAUACUUAAAGGGUGAUCCGACCAUGGGGAUCUUCAUGUCAUAUGAUCCAAACUGUAAUAUUAAGGCUUACUGUGACUCUGAUUGGGCUGCCUGCCUAGACUCAAGAAAGUUAGUGAGUGGAUACAUAAAUCUAUUAGGAAAUAUUCCUGUAUGCUGGAAAUCUAAGAAGUAG